UGCGCGGCGCGGAUCCCGGAGGCCGGCGCGGUGCUCGACCUGCUGGAGAAGUGUCCUGAGCAGCAGCAGCAGAAGGGGGCUUUUCCUGUCGUAGUUCUUGAGGGGCUGGAUGCCACGGGCAAAACCACUGUAACUCAGUCUCUUAAGGACACCCUGAAUGGCAUUCUGCUAAGGUCCCCACCAGCUUGCAUCAGCCAGUGGAGGACAGUAUUUGAUGAUCAGCCAGCACCCAUUAAAAGAGCGUUUUAUGCUGCCGGGAACUACAUUCUUGCUUCAGAAAUCGCGAAAGCAUCCACUCAGGCACCUGUGAUCAUAGACAGAUACUGGCACAGCACAGCUGCCUACACAAUUGCCACUGAAAUAAAUGGACAAGUCAGGGGUCUUCCACCAGCUCACGAUGAGGUGUACCAGUGGCCUGAGGAUCUGCUUAAACCUGAUCUUGUUCUUCUCCUCACUGUUGACCCUGAGGAGCGAGUCCGGAGACUUCAGUGUCGGGGGCUGGCGAAAACGAAGGAGGAAGCUGAGCUGGAAGCUAACAGCUUGUUUCGCCAAAG